UCGUCGAUCUCUCUCUCUCUCUCUCUCUCUCGAUCUUUCUUUGGGAAGUGGAGAUGGAAAUCGGCGGCGAGCCGAUUGUGAGAGUGCAGGGCUUAGCCGAAGCUGGUCUCUCACACGUCCCUCCACAAUACAUCCAGCCGCCUCCCAACCGUCCUCAACUCAAGACACAUUCCUCCACCUUUAACCAUGAUACCGGUCCACCCGUCAUCGACCUAUCCGAAUUUGACCCGACCCGCCGGGAAUCUGUCCGGGAGUCAAUCGGGCGGGCCUGCAGAGAAUGGGGGGCCUUCCACGUCACCAACCACGGCGUUCCCGCCAGCCUGCUGGACCACGUCAAGACCGUGGGCCUUACCUUCUUCAACCACUGCCCACUCCCCGACAAGCUCAAAUACUCCUGCGACCCAACCUCCUUCGCCUCCCAAGGCUACGGCUCCAAAAUGCUCCUCCCCGACCAAAACGGCGUCGUCCUGGACUGGAGAGACUACUUCGACCACCACACCUUCCCGCUCUCUCGGCGCGACCCCGAUCGGUGGCCCCACUUCCCUCCCGACUACAGAGACGCCGUGGGCAGCUACGCCCACCAGAUGAAGGCGCUGGCUCAGAAGCUGCUGGGCUUGAUCUCCGAGAGCCUAGGGCUGAGAUCGUCGUGCAUCGAGGAAGCCGUGGGUGAGCUGCACCAGAACAUUACCAUCAGCUAUUACCCUCCCUGCCCUCAGCCGGACCUCACCCUCGGUCUCCAACCCCAUUCCGAUAUGGGGGUCAUCACGCUUCUGAUCCAAGACCACGUCGGAGGCCUUCAACUUCUCAAAAACAACCACUGGCUCACCGUACACCCUUUGUCCGACGCCAUUCUCGUCCUUCUCGCCGAUCAAACCGAGAUUUUAAGCAAUGGGAAGUAUAAGAGUGCUCAACAUAGAGCCAUAACUAAUAACACUCAAGCUCGGCUCUCAGUUGCCACAUUUCAUGACCCUGCCAAGGCAGUGAAAAUAUCCCCUGCUUCUGAGCUUGUUAGUGAAUCUUCUUCUCCACAGUACCGUGAAGUUCUUUAUGGGGAUUAUGUGUCAUCAUGGUAUACAAAGGGCCCGGAUGGAAAAGGAAAUAUAAAUUCCCUCCUGCUUACCUGAGGGAUUGGAAGGCCCCUCGCCCAUCCUGUCUCCUCUCUCUAUUUGCAUUGACCCUAUAGUCUUGUAAUUAAGUGAAAGCACAAGGAUCUGUUUGCCAAUGGCUUGAAAAAAGAAAGUGGCCCGAAACUGUAACAAGAUUUGAUUGACGUGUGAAAAAAGUAAGAAUGUUUUAUAUAGAAAAAUGAAAUCAGUUUUCAUUCAACUCUAA